GAACCUCAUCUUCUCAUUAUCUUUGCGCGUUUUGAGGUAGACUUUUUGAUUCAUCAAUCAGCAGUGACUAAAACCACUUUCUUCCAAAUAAGAGUUAUAUUAUAUCAGUACUCCACUUCUAGGACAUUGUCCACUUCAGGUAUAUUGUGUUGGUAACAUGAAGGUUUCUGGCUUCUUUGCUUUGCUCUUGGUGGUUGGAGCAAUUUUGAUGUUCUUUAACAUCUUACUUCCUACUAGUGCAUCUUGGACACCUGAUUUCAUAGGGACCAAUUAUGGUGAUAAGGCAACUCCGAUUGCAGUGAACAGGAAACUGAAGGAAAAUGGAAACAAUAUGAAAAGUGGUAUCAAAAACAAUGGUGACAUGAGUCAAGUAACUCUGACUGAUUACUAUCCAGCUGAUCCACCACCAAAUUCUAGAACAAAGGCCUCUUUAUAUCCUGGACCUAUUCAGCAUGGAAGCCCUCUGAAUCCAUACAUCCCAAAACCUUCACCUCCUGAUCAUCCUAUACCUGGAGAUUCUGACUAACUUUCUGAUCUCUUCAACUACGCUAGUAGAUGCUAUGCUAAAAAGAGGAAGGCUAUUCACACUCUUUGAACAUAUUUCUUUUCAUGGGGAAAUAAGAAAUUGUUCAAAGUAUGUGUUGGUAGCAUUUCUCAUGCUGAAAAUGAAUAUAAGACUCAUUCUCACACGUUGUUUAGUCAGUUUUUUGUGCGUUGUUUUGCUUAUAUUCUGUGUGCUAGUGUUGUGAAAAAACAGUUGUGCCUUUGAGCAGCCUAUGCAGUGGCCAAUGUACGUACUUAUAACUAAGGAUCAUGCAAAUUUCUAUUUAUAUUAGUUUGUGUAAGUGCAA